AUGUCAACCCCUAGCUCCAACCCCUUCGCCGACUCCUCCAACCCCGACCCCGGCCAGCUCCGCGCCGUCGCCAUCACCGACCAUACGUACUUCUACCUCCUCUUCCGCGAGUACAACCUGCGCGAUCACAUCGACGGCACCGCCGACCUCCUCGCCUGCGACGCCGACUGGCUGGCCAUCGACGCCACCAUCAUCCGCUGGCUCUUCCUCACCGUCUCGCCGGACAUCUUCAAGACCGUCGUUCGGGAAGGCGAUGAUGCCCGCACGGUGUGGGGAAAGAUCAACGGCCUCUUCACCAAUAACAAGCUCCAACGUGUUGUCUUUUUGCAGCAGGAAUUCUUCGGCACACCCCAGGGCGAUCAAACCUUGGACGCCUACUGCCUGCGCCUCAAGGCCAUCUCCGACGAGCUCCAGGACCUUGGGUUCCAGAUUGGCGACGAGCUCCUCCUCUCCACCCUCACCGCCGGCCUCAACGAGGACCUCGGCAACGCCGCCUCCAACCUGACCCUCAUGACCAACCCUACGUUCGAGCGGGCGGUCGACUACCUCCGGCUGGAGGAACGACAGCUGAAGGGUGUGCGCACCCGGGCGGUUCACACCGCUCUAUGGGCCAGCGGCAACAGUGUUCUCCCUCAUGGCGGAGUGUGA